GAGCUUAUUUAAAUCGCUGCAAUGAGAAGAAAUGAUUUGCUUCAUUGAGGAAAGUGUUGAAAAUAAGAUCGGGAUUUUUCAACCAUGGAGUUCAAAAAUUCCAAUAGUGGAGUUUUCUCAGUUGUGAUUCUUCUUUCAGUGUUGUAUUUGAAUAGUUUCGUGUACUCCAAAGAGUUACCUCUGGUACUGCGAGAUUUGAAAUGUCCACAAACGGAGGAAUUCAGGAAAUGUUUUUUGCUGAAUGGAAAUAAGGCCAUUCCCUUGCUUGCCAAAGGUGAUCCAGAAUACGGUAUACCCAACCUGAUGCCGCUAGUUAUACCCUUCAUGAGUUUGAUAUCUACGCCAACUCUGCAGUUGAACCUGACGAACAUCCAGGUACACGGUUUGGAUAAAAUGAGAAUUAUCGGUGAAAGAGUUGACUUGGUCAAAAACGUCUAUAUGGUGAAUUUGAAAGGGGACAACAUAACAGUGGUUGGUGACUAUUCAGCCGAAGGAAGAAUUUUGGUGAUGCCUCUGAAUGGAAAGGGGAGAUUCAAAUUGUAUUUCAAAAAUGGAAGAUACAGAAGUACCUCCUUCGUGAGGGUGAUCGAAAAGGAUGGUGAUAAAUAUUUCAAGCCCGAAGACUCCAGAUUAGAGGCCAGAUUCGAGCUGAUGACAUUCGAUCUGGAUAAUUUAUUCGACGGUAACAAACAACUAGGUGAUCAGGUGAACGCAUUUCUCAACGAAAAUUGGGAAUCGCUGGUGAAAGAUUUUGGACCCACAGUUGAGGAUGCCGUAGCUAAAAUAAUCAAGGACAUAUUCGUAGACCUCGCUUCUGUUGUUCCAAUCAAGAACAUGUUCAUCUGAAUAAACUUAUCGUGAUUGAUUUCUGUGCAACCAUUGAAAUAAGGAAAAUUGAAAUGAAUAAAAUUAUUACGAGUCUAA